CCAACUCUCUCCACCAUCCUUGUAAACACUCUCUUGCUAAACUAUCUUUCCAGACAUCUCUCUCCUCCCUUUUGUUUCUGUACAUUGUCCUAAAACCGUCAGAAAAUGAAGCUCGUCUUUGCAACCUUCCUGCUUGUGUGUUUUGCCCUCAUCAGCUCCUCUUUCUUUCAGACCACAGAAGCUGGUUCAAGCUUCUGUGACUCAAAGUGCGGGGAUCGGUGCGCAAAGGCAGGAGUGCCGGAUCGGUGCUUGAAGUACUGCGGGAUUUGCUGUGAGAAGUGCCAGUGCGUGCCAUCUGGGACAUAUGGCAACAAGCAUGAGUGCGCUUGCUACAGGGACCUCAAGAACUCCAAGGGCAAGUCCAAGUGCCCUUGAAAUCGAUCGGUCUCUCUGCAUGCACCACCAGCUAUAUAGCUUGAUUAUUAAUGUUUAUUUCUUGGAGGGAUUUUGAGUGAUGGAACCGUUCGUUCAAACCAUUAUUAAUCACUGUUAAUAUCCAGAGCCAGAGGGAGAGAAAAAUGCAGUACUGUUUUUACAGAGAUUUAGGUCAUAGAAAUUGGAAUAAUAUGGAAGGAAUUAAAUAAAUAUAGGGUCCCAUGCAUGCAGCUGGAUCAUUUGUGUCUUUGUUAAUUAACGUGAUUUCACUGAUUUGUCCCAUUAUGCUUGUUGGAAUAUUAUCAUGUAUUUUGUGCUA